AUGCAGAAGAGGAAUCGUCGCCAAGUAGCUUCAACUCCGUCACUCAACAGCUUCUUCUCCGUCACCCAACAGCUUUAACUCCGUCGCGCCGGUGACCGGACUUUCCGAUUCUCCAUGGCUGGGUCCUCCGUUAAGCGGUCAAAGCGUCGAAGGGGUAGUUCUUUCAGUGUUGGUCAAGGUGAUUUUGCGGUUGAUCCGGUAGUCGCUGUUUUGGAAGAGCCGGUUGUUGCUGUCGAUGUGGUGGCACCUUUGCCACGGACUGAUGCUGCCGAAGGACCGCCUCAGCCCGCACAGCCAGCCCCGGUGUUGGACGGCUCAGAUGUUGAGCCUAAUGAAGUUGAUGAGGCAUUGUUCCCCCCUUUGAAGAUUCGCGUUUUUCUGAAGCAUCUGGUUAAACUGAUGAAGCGGUUUAAUGCUUGCCAAAGGAUAAUGUUUUUAGUGGCAUCGUUUGUGUGUUCUUGGAUGUUUGUUUGGUUUAUGAAUUUUCACGUUGACAUUGCGUGUUACAUAUGUAUCCCAUAUUUCACUUUCAAUUUGUGGUUGUUUUUCUUUUCACUCUAG